UAGGAGGCUGGAAAAAAUUAUAUUUAUCUAAGGGAGGUAGAGUCACUUUAAUUAAAAGCACGCUUUCUAACCUUCCUACUUAUUUUCUCUCUUUAUUCCCUAUUCCUGCCUCUGUGGCCAACCGUAUUGCCAGACUUCAGCGGGACUUUCUGUGGGGUGGCCUAGGAGAUGAGCCCAAAUUUCAUUUGGUUGAUUGGUCUACGGUGUGUACCCCGCUUUCUUCGGGUGGUUUAGGGAUUAGGAACCUGAGAACUUUCAACAUAGCUCUUUUAGGGAAAUGGCUUUGGAGAUUCGGGCAAGAAAGGGAUGCUCUCUGGCGUCAAGUGAUAGAGGUUAAGUAUGGUUGUGAUUGGGGUGGUUGGUGUUCUACCUCUUCCUCUAGUCCUUAUGGUGUCAGUUUGUGGAAAAAUAUUAGCAGGGGGUGGCACUCUUUAUCUCGGUUUAUUAUGUAUGAUAUUGGAGAUGGUUCAAAAGUGCAGUUUUGGCUAGAUCGUUGGUGUGGGACUUCCUCUCUCGCUGUCCGCUAUCCCGAUUUAUAUAGGAUUAGCUGUAGCAAAGAGGCAAGUGUGGCGGAUCUUAUGCGAUUCUCCAAUGGAGUCCUCCAUUGGGAGAUUCAGUUUUGUAGGGAGGUGCAUAAUCGUGAAUUGGAAGCUCUCAGGAGCUUCAUCAACUCCAUUUAUAGCACUCCUGUAAGGGGAAUCGAGGAGGAUAAGAGAUUUUGGCUGCCUUGUAAGAGUAAGGGGUUCACGGUUAGUACUUACUACCAUCUUCUUGUUGGUCAUAGUGAGCAUUUUUUCCCUUGGAAAAGUAUUUGGAAGCAGAAGAUCCCCUCUAGAGUGGCUUUUUUUGCCUGGUCCGCAGCCUUGGGGAAAUGUUUGACUAUUGACAAUCUAAGGAAAAGAAAGGUUUGCAUUUUGGAUUGGUGUUAUAUGUGCAAGCGUAGUAGUGAAAGUGUUGACCAUCUUUUCCUUCAUUGCCCGGUUGCUUCGGAGUUAUGGGAUAUGGUUUUUGGUUUAUUUGGAGUGUGUUGGAUCAUGCCCUCAUCUGUUGUUGGUCUCUUUGCUUGCUGGCAAGGUCACUUUGGUCACCUCCGCAAUGGAGUUAUUUGGAAGGUCGUUCCUCUUUGUUUGAUGUGGUGUAUUUGGAAGGAGAGGAAUAGUAGAUGCUUUGAAGACUCUGAACGUGCUAUGCCUGACCUCAAGCUUCUUUUCAUCCGAACCUUACUUGAAUGGUUCUCUGUGUGGAGAAACCAUCCUUUUUCUAUUUUGGAUUUACUUGACUUUUGUAAUUUUCGUUCUUGACUUGCUCCCCCAUGUAUACUCCCUGUGUGCUUGGGUGUAUCUUUUUUACUAUCAAUGAAUUCUUAUUACUUAUCAAAAAAAAAAAAAAAAAAAUUUAUUUCGAAGGCGGGAAGGGAGAUAUUGAUUAAGACGGUGGCACAAGCGAUACCGACAUACUCUAUGAGUAUAUUCAAACUGCCAAACUCCAUAUGUGACAACAUAAAUUCCUUGCUGGCCAAAUACUGGUGGGGACAAACGCAGGCAGAGAGGAAACUACAUUGGAUAAAUUGGAGAAAACUGUGUAUGGCAAAGAAGGAAGAAGGGAUGGGGUUUCAUGACCUCCAUGCUUUCAACCUAGCGAUGCUGGCCAAGCAAGCCUGGAGAUUAAUACAUGAAAACUACUCUCUGUUCUAUCGAGUUUACAAAACUCGUUAUUUCCCAAAUUGCUCUUUCAUGUUUGCUAAGUUGGGGAAUAAUCCUUCCUUUGUUUGGCGUAGUCUCCUAGCAGCAAGGGAUCUCAUCAGAGAGGGCUCACGAUGGCAGGUAGGGGAUGGUCGAAGUAUUGGAGUAUUCACGCAUCGUUGGUUGACUCACACCCCUGUACCACUAAAUGAUGCACCACCAGACAUGAAGGUGUGUGAGCUAAUCGACCACGACUCAAGACAAUGGGACCGAGGAAAAAUAGAUGCCAUGUUUAGCCCUCAAACACGAAAUGAGAUCAUGUCACUGCCGCUAAAAAACCUUAACUCUCAAGACUCUGUUUGCUGGAUGGAAAACAAAGCACAAAAAUUCUUCGUUCGGUCAACUUAUAAGGUAGCGUUUCGCUUGAAAAACCAGCCCAAGGCAGAACAUUCAGCAGAUCGGCUUCAUGCAUGGACAUGGAAAGAGAUUUGGUCCCUCAAUGUGCCACCGAAGAUACGAAUGUUUAUAUGACGAGCGUUCUCUAAUUGCUUGCCUACCCGAGACAAUCUACAUUGCAGGCGAGUGCGAGUGGAACCGACUUGUGAGCUGUGCAAACAAGAACCCGAGACUACCACUCAUAUAUUAUGGACGUGCCCCUUUGCAAGAAACGUCUGGGCACUGAUCAAGGGAAAAAUCCAAAAAUGCAGUAAUGGAGACAGUGACUUUUUUCUUCUCUUCAAGCAGAUGCAAACUAAACUGAGCAAACAAGAAUUGGAGACAUGGGCGGUUACAGCUUGGGCUAUAUGGAAUGUAAGGAAUAAAGUAUACUUUGAACAAUUCCAACCUCAGCCAUAGAUAAUUUGGGAAGGAGCAAGAGGCUUACUGGAGGAAUACCAAAGAUUUAUGGAAGCACAAAGAAUAGCGGGAAUGUCCUGUUUUUUUCCAUGCACAUGGUUGUGUCAGUCUAAUAUUUUCAAUGUUUUUUUGUUUUGCUCAUGGGCCUAGCGUUAAUGUGCUAUUGGUGCCUCCCUCACCCGUGGUAUUAUACAUGGGGCUGUAUACUUUUUUAUGAUAAUAAUACACUUUCUAUCGCCUUUUACCUCAAAAAAAAAAAAAAAAAUGAAUGGCAAGCAGGCCGAUAUGCUCAACUAUUGUGAAGUGGCCCCAGGCCCAUUUUGCCUUGAAAAUCUUUGUGGAUUUGGUGGAAUCAGGCAAGCGGGUCGUCGCGUGGGCUAAUAAAACACAGCCCAACAAGAGUGGGCCGUAGCCACAUCUGAGACUGAUUCCACCACUCUUGUUCAACCUCGUGUGAAGUUUGUGGGAGAUUGGGGAAGGGUCAGGUACCCAUAAGGAAGAAGCGAAGGAGAAUUUGGGCUCCGACGAUGGCAAGGCUCACUCCUCCAGUUUUGUGUAGUUUUGAAGGUUGGUCCAGAGUCAGGUACCCAUGCCGUCGAACCCUGAUAAUGGUAUGGGUCACUCUUCCGAUGCUUUUGUACGAGUCGGUGACCUUACCGAUACUGUCUCGAAGGUUGUCACGUUCCACCAGGGGAAGGUACUCCUUUGAAGAGCUGUUUCAGCAGCACCAUUUGCUUGGUUAUAACCAUUUUUCCCCUCUAUCCGAGAUGGGUCUUGAUAUAAACGAGAGUGUGACUCCUAGGUUGAUAUCAUUAUCAGGUAAAGGUGGGGAGGACUAUAAUUUGAUGGAUGUUACUCCUCUAGCAUUGUGGGAUCCUAAUGGUGGACUCAACCUUGCCACCAAGGAUUGCGAAACAGAUGGUAGAAAUACCAGAGGCAGAUUGAAAGCCUCUGCUUCUGUCUUGGAAUGUGAGGGGAUUGAAUAAUCCUCAUAAAAGACUAGUUGUGACAAAUCUUCUAAAGGAAUGGAAAUGUGAUAUAGUUUGCCUUCAAGAAACUAAACUAGACAAUACCAACUUUAACAUGGUAAAAUGUCUUUGGGGCAGCCCUUUUGUAGACUGGGUGGCUUUAGAGGCCAUCAAUGUAGCCGGGGGUAUACUUUUGAUGUGGGAUAAGAGGGGAUUUGAGCAAGUUGACUUUAUGGCUGGAAAGGUUUCAAUUUCCGUUGUUUUGAAGGGUGUGGCAGAUGGUUUUGAAUGGAUCUGUUCGGGGGUUUAUGGACCGACCGAGGGAAGCAUUAGGGAUGUAUUAUGGGUAGAGUUAGACACUGUGAGAUCACGAUGGCUCUUGGCUUGGUGUUUGUUUGGUGAUUUCAAUAUUAUUAGAUAUCCGUCUGAGAGACUUGGAUGUUCUUCGUUCGGUCUAGCCACGUUUAAAUUCUCGGAUUUUAUUGCAAAACACUCUUUGGUUGAUUUGCCUUUGGAAGGAGGGGAGUUCACGUGGUUUUGCAACUCUGACAGACCCUCCAUGUCCAAAAUUGAUAGAGUGCUAGUGUCUACAGAUUGGGAGGAUCAUUUCUUAGAUGUGACCCAAAGAAUUCUUCCUAGGGUGGUGUUUGAUCACUGUCCUCUACUCUUGGAGGCAGGAGGGAUGUCUAGGAGGAGGAGUCCUUUCAAAUUUGAAAAUAUGUGGUUAAAGGUAGAGGGCUUUGUGGAUAUGGUGCGUCAAUGGUGGAGUAGUUAUCAUUUUUUGGGACCUCCUAGUUAUAUUCUAGCAUGUAAACUGAAGGCUCUCAAAGGGGACUUGAAACACUGGAACAAGCAUGUUUUUGGGGAUGUUUCUUUUAGGAAAAAUUGCUUGAUGACUGAACUCUUAGACAUUGAUAUGAAAAAGGGGAUGGAAGUUCUGAUCCAAGUGGGCAGAGACAGAAGAGUGGUGGUUAAAUCUGAUAUUGAUCUUUUGGCUUCUUUGGAAGAGAUUUCCUAGAGGCAAAAAUCUAAGGUGCUGUAUAUUAAAGAAGGUGAUAAUAACACUUGCUUUUUUCAUAAACUCGCCAACUCUCAUAGGCGAACCAAUCAAAUUAGGGGGGUGGAGGUUGAGGGGAUUCUCUAUGAGGAUGAGUCUGAAUUACGAAACAGGUAGUGGAUUUUUAUAAGAAAUUAUAUUAGGAUUUGGAAUCUUGGAGGCCUACUAUUGAUGGUUUAGACUUUGCAUGUUUAGACGAAGAUGAGAGGUACUCUUUGGAGAGGGAGUUUGAGAAGGAGGAGAUUCUAGAGGCUCUUAUGGAGGCAGAAGGUGAUAAGGCACCUGGGCCAAAUGGUUUUACUAUGGCAUUCUUCCAAAAAUGUUGGAGUGUACUAGAAUAGGAUGUUAUGGCUUUUUUCGCGGAUUUUCAUAGUCAGUGUAUUUUUGAGAAGUCUCUCAAUGCCACUUUUCUAUGUUUGAUCCCUAAGUAAGUCAAUGCAAUCAAUAUUAAAGACUUUCGUCCAAUAAGUCUUGUGGGUAGCCUGUAUAAACUUUUGGCUAAGAUGUCGGCACAUAGACUUUGCGGGGUUUUGGAUAAGUUGAUAUCUGCUUCUCAAAAUUCUUUUGUUUGGGGGAGGCAAAUCCUAGAUUCAAUUCUAAUUGCCAACGAAUGCUUGGAUAGUAGAUUGAAAAGUGGAAUCCCUGGGGUCAUUGUUAAGCUGGACAUUGAGAAGGCAUAUGACCAUGUGAAUUGGAAUGCCUUAUUUUAUCUUAUGGAGAGGAUGGGUUUUGGGGAGAGGUGGGGGAGAUGGACUAGGGCUUGUAUUUCCACAAUUAGAUUCUCAGUUCUGAUGAACGGGUCUCCUGUGGAUUUUUUUUGGUAGUUCUCGUGGUAUCCGCCAAGGGGACCCCUUGUCUCUAUUGUUAUUUCUCUUGAUUAAGGUGGUAUUGAGUAGGUUGUUGAAGAGAACGGAAGAUGGUGGUUUUCUUUGUGGUUUUCAGGCAGGGUCUCAUAGACAAGGAGGUUUGAAAAAUUUUCACCUUCUUUUUGCUGAUGACACCAUUUUGUUUUGUGAUGCCUCGAGAGAAUAGUUACUAUACAUUUGGAUGGUAUUGAUUUUUUUUAAGCUAUUACGGGCUUGAGAGUCAACGGUGGUAAGAGUGAGAUUGUGCCGGUGGGUGGUGUUGAGAAUUUGAAUGUCUUGGUCCGUGUUUUAUGUUGCAGGGUGGGUAGCUUGCCCAUGACUUAUUUGGGCAUGCCACUUGGGGCUCAUUAUAAGGACUCAUCGAUAUGGAACCCUAUUAUAGAAAAGAUGGAGAGGUGGCUCUCUGGCUGGAAACAUCUAUAUCUAUCGAAAGGUGGUAGGCUUACUUUAUUAAUGAGUACCCUCUCUACCUAUUUUUUAUCCUUGUUUACUAUUCCCAAGCGGUGGUAGCUAGACUAGAAAGGAUUCAAAGGAAUUUCCUUUGGGGAGCCUCCGAGGAUGUUUUUAAAUAUCCGUUGGUUGCUUGGGAGAAGGUUUGUUUGCCAGUGGAGGAUGGUGGCUUGGGGAUCCGAAGGGUUGGGUUGUUUAACCAAACUUUGCUUGGUAAGUGGUUAUGGCGUUUUGGGAAGGAAGGUAACAGGUUAUGGCGUCAAGUUACAGCAGCCAAGUAUGGUGAGACUAGAGGGGGCUGGUGCACUAGAAUUGUAAGAGGUACUCAUGGGUGUGUGAUGUGGAAGAGCAUUACAGAAGGAGCAAAGAAGUUCUUUGGACAGGUAGUGUAUAAUGUGGGGGAGGGUGACUGUAUUAGUUUCUGGCAUGAUCCUUGGUGUGGGAGUAAUCCUUUAAAGGACCUUUUUCCUAAUUUAUUUACCCGUUCUCAAUCUAAAGAGACUUGGAUUUUUGACCUCAUUGUAUUUGCUUCAAAAGGGGGAAGUAGGAGCUGGAAUUUUCAUUUCCGUCGAGCUCCAGAGGAUUGGGAGAAGGAAAACGUUUGUUCUUUCAUUGAGUUUCUGUAUUCCCAUAUGCCGAGGGGUGAGGGGGAUGAUACUUUGACUUGGAAGUUGACUAAGAAGGGGGUGUUUGAUGUGCACUCUUGCUAUAAGUUGUUGUCUGGUCCCUACAAUGAGGUUUUUCCUUGGGAGUGUAUUUGGUGUACAAAGGUUCCUAAACGGGUGUCCUUAUGGAUAGCAGGUAGGAAUGGGAUACUCACUAUUGAUAAUCUAGUUAAGAGAGGCCAGGUCUUGGUUAAAAGGUGUUGUUUGUGUUUUUGUGGCGAGGAAACUGUAGAUCAUCUUCUUCUCCACUGUAAGUUUUCUCAUGCAUUAUGGAGUGCAAUUUUCGAGGUUUUUGGGAUCCAUUAGGUAAUGCCGAAGACAGUUAGCUCUCUCUUUGCUUGGAGAAAUUGGUUUGGAAAGCAUUUGUCAACCAUAUGGAAUAUGGUCCCAGCAUGUUUAAUGUGGCUGGUUUGGACGGAACGUAAUACACAUCUUUGAAGACAAGGAGAGAACUUUAGAUCUUUUAAAAGCUUUUCUCUUCGGUACUUUGUUUCAGUGGGCACGUGUUUGGGGUUUUAUGAAUUGUAUUUCUAUUUCUGAUUUCUUACACUCUAUUAGAUUAAGUUUUUGAACCCUUUGUAUUUUUUCCUGAUCAGAAUGUUCACCAUCGUGAACAUGAUGCUCAGUAUUUUUGAAUAAAAGUUUUAUUACCUAUCAAAAAAAAAGAAAAAAAGAAAAAAACUAUUCAUAGCUUGUAGACAAAUUCGAUGUUUGUUUCUUCUUACCUCUUUUGCAACCCUAAAUCAGAUCUUUUGCUUUCCUACUAAAACCAUAGCCAUUGUUGAACCCUAAUCUGUCUUUCUAAAGUGCUAAGCUGUAAUUUACAGAUUCUCCUAACCCUUAGUCUACAACAAGCACACAGAAAAUAGAUAUCCUAAAUGUGUCUUACUUCAUAAAUAUUAUUAAUCAACCACAUGAAUGUGAGGGACUCCUUAUUGUUGGUACUUAUAGUCCUUAAGCUUGCUAAAGUUCUAAACAUAGAAUUAAACUUCACAUGAAAUCAAAUCACUAGAAUUGCUACAUUCCUAGAAAAAAUGAGUCAAUGUUCUUCCUAGGGAAUCAAGUAGGAAUCUUUUGUGAUUUGUGGUUGGCCUGUUUACCCUUCUGGUGUUCAAGUUUUGUAAGUAGUCUAGGGCCACAUGUCCUGCAUCACAUUUUCUUCUGAUAAGUAAAAUACGUUUAUUCAAGAGAGGAAGUAAGUCAAACACACAAGUUGUGGAUUGGCCUACUCCUAAACAAUUACACCCUCAAAUUUAGGUCUAAAAAAUCUAAAUAAAGAAGAUGGUUGGAUACUGCCCAAAAAGGUCAUCUACACAGUGAUCUCAAAAUCAUUUGACCUACUCUGAAAACCAUCAAAGGUCCUUUUUGAAAAACAAAUAAAUGCCAUCAAAGGUCCUUCUGUUCCUCUCCCGCCAAAUGGUCCACAAUACACACAAAGAAGUAGCCUUCCAAUUUUUCAAGUGCCAAGGAUGAUGAAAGGUUCGUUGCCAACACUCCAGUAACAUAAGCACAGUUUUUGGCCUGAUCCAAGAGACACCAAAGAGCACAGAAAGGACCACAAGUCCAUGGCCAAAGGGCAGUACACUAGAAGAUGGUUAACAAACUCUCAAUUCUUUUACACAUACAGAACCAAUAAACAAUCAAAAUGAGUGUUUACAAAGAUUAUUCACUAUCAAAUAAUUUUACCCAGUGCUGCCGGCCAAACAAAUAAAGCUACCUUAUGAGGAACCUUUACACACCAAAUACUCCUCCAAGAAGAAAUUGAACUUCUUUAGAUCCUCUAAGAUGCUCAUAGAAAGAGUGUACCUUGAACCUUUGACUCUCUCCAAGAAAGUUGGUCAUCACCAUAUCCUUGAGGUAGGUGAGAAUACAACACGUCAGAGAGACUAUCUAUUGCUUCCAACUCCCUAUCUUGAAAGGGCCUACGAAAAUGAGAAUCCAAGUGCGCCCACCACUCAAGCAAGAGGCAACAGAUGCAUUCUUUUUACUGACACUCUACACAAUUCUGAGAACAUACCGUAAGGCUAGAGUCACUGCACCAAAGAUCGUGCCAGAAUCUUUCCUAAGCCCAUCCCCAAUGGUAAACUUAAGAAAGCCACCAAAAAAAAAAAAAAAAUCCUACCUGGCUCUAAUGCUCCUCCAUAAGCAUACCCCAUGUAUAUGAAAAUUAGAUGAGAGGCAAAAUGCAUCUUUUGCAGUAGGAUUUUUUCUUUUGUCACUAGUGAAUUGGGUGCCCUCCCUAGGAUAUUGAAAAUUUCAGACCUCACCAUCUGAAAUUAAAAAAAAAAAAAAAAAAAAAAUCAGCUGAGAUUGUCUUGCCCCUGUUUAU